AUGGGGCGUGUUCGGCGUUUGGGUGUUCUAGAAAGAUGUUUCGCGGCAUUGGUCUCUCGAAAACUCAACUGCAUCGAUGCAGUGGGCAGCCGCUACGCAGUUGUUUGUUUCGCCUCAAGACGCGCUGUCCCGUCUUUCCACCGGUUAUCUCCCCUUGUUUUUCAAUAAUGGUUGUCCGUUUUUAACUGUUCUUGAGCUCCGUCGUUUUAUUAUUGUCAUUAUUAUGUUGUCGUCGAAGAAGUUCAAGAACCUCGAAAUAAAUUUUCCAAUAACAUCGUUUGAUCAGGAUUUUCAAAGGACCCACGAAGAUCAUUUUUUGGAGUAUAGUCUGAUCAACAAUCUCUUCUGAAGGCUAACGCGGAAAAUAGCUUAUUCCCGUCCUUAAAAUCGUUUUGAUGCUUGUGGAAAAAUCUAGCAAUAUUUGAACAAAUACUCAACUUCUUUCUGGCUAUCAAUUAUUUUUAGAUUCGCCAGAAACUUUAAAAAAAACUAUUUCAUGAAGUUUGGUUUUAAAUGUAAUUUCUUUUUAAAUAAUCAUGCGGAGUGUAAUCGUGGCAUUACAUUCUACCUCUCAUUUUAGUUUACUUCUAAAUUUUAAAAUGACAGAAAGAAGUUUUUCUAGAAAUAGAAUUUCUUUUUUUGUCGCAGUGCAAUGAUGCAAUUUGAAUCGCGGCUCCAUUCACACGCUUUUGCCCUUUUUUUUCUUGCGAAAUUUUUUGAUCUUUCUCUUCGCUUUUAAAAUAUAUAAUUUUUUUAAACAGUUCUAUUUUUUUUUACCUCAGAAAAUGUUUUCAAUUGUCGCGCAUGGACUUGUUGAUCUUUGAGGCGCCAAACCUUUUGGGAUAGUUUUUUUCUUCAACAAAAUUGCAUCAAACUCUCAAGAUCUUGCUUUUUUUAGAGUCUUGCUUCAAAGAUCCUAACAAGAUAUUAUUAAAAAGACUACCAAUCAAAGAAAAAUAUUUUUUUCUUUUUAAACAUUUUUCGCUAUUUUUUUGUUAUGUUUUCGUCGGACCGUGAAUUCUCAAUUGGCAAAAAGAAACAAUGUUUAAGGAAGAUGCCGAUCACCAAGAUUCACGCCCGUCAAAUUUACGAUUCUCGUGGAAAUCCGACGGUCGAGGUCGACCUUUUCACCGACAAGGGUCCGUUUGAAAAAAAUUAAAAGUUUUACAACAUUAAAGAUAAUUUUUAGGUGUUUUCCGUGCGGCGGUGCCGUCUGGCGCUUCGACCGGAAUUUACGAAGCCUUGGAGCUCCGCGACGGAGAAAAGGCCGUGCAUCAUGGAAAGGGAGUUUUGAAGGCCGUCUCCAACAUCAACGAGAAGAUCGCCCCGGCUCUCAUCGCCAAGGUCUUCUGUCCAACCCGAAGCACUACCCUAACCCGACGCUCUUUCAGAACUUUGACGUGACUCAGCAGAAGGACAUCGACGAGUUCAUGCUCGCCCUGGACGGCACUGAGAACAAGGCCAACCUUGGCGCCAACGCCAUCCUCGGAGUCUCUUUGGCUGUCGCCAAGGCCGGCGCCGUCCACAAGGGCGUCCCCCUCUACAAGUACAUCGCCGAGUUGGCCGGAAUUGACAAGGUGAUAGUUGGUUUUGAUCCGAUCAUGUUAUGAGUUUUCAAGGUCGUCCUCCCCGUCCCAGCCUUCAACGUGAUCAACGGAGGAUCUCACGCCGGCAACAAGCUCGCCAUGCAGGUUCACUGCAGCUGAUCUUUCUGGAAAUGCAGUCUCUUUCAGGAGUUCAUGAUCCUUCCUGUUGGAGCUGCCAACUUCUCGGAGGCUAUGCGCAUGGGUUCGGAGGUCUACCAUCACCUCAAGGCUGAGAUCAAGAAGCGGUUGGUCGGACCACCUGGAAAGAAUAUUUCAGAGCCUUCAGAUAUGGUCUCGACGCGACCGCUGUCGGAGACGAAGGCGGCUUCGCCCCCAACAUCCAGGACAACAAGGAAGGCCUCGACCUCCUCAAGACGGCCAUCGAUAAGGCUGGCUACACUGGAAAGGUUUAUCCAUUCUUUGAUGAAUAUUUAUAAAACGGUUGCAGAUUUCCAUCGGCAUGGACGUCGCCGCCAGCGAGUUCUACAGGGACGGAAAGUACGACUUGGACUUCAAGAACCCCAACUCGGACUCUUCCAAGGUAGCAACUCUAACACUUUUCGAUAAUCUCCAAUUUCCAGUGGCUUUCUGGUGACGAGCUCGCGGCUCUCUACCAGUCGUUCGUCAAGGACUACGACGUCGUCUCGAUCGAAGACGCCUUCGACCAGGACGACUGGGACAACUGGGGCAAGUUCCACGUUAGUUUAUGAGAAGGUGACAGAAUUUAAACCGGAGACUUCAGCAAUCGACCAACAUCCAGCUCGUCGGAGACGACUUGACCGUCACCAACCCCAAGCGCAUCCGCACCGCCAUCGACAAGAAGAGCUGCAACUGCCUUCUGCUCAAGGUUGAGCUGAACCCCAGAUUAAAACGAAAAGGAGUUUAUUUACAGGUUAACCAAAUCGGAUCCGUGACGGAGUCGAUCGAAGCCGCGCGUCUCUCGCGCGCCAACGGAUGGGGCGUGAUGGUCUCCCACAGGUCCGGCGAGACCGAAGACACGUUCAUCGCCGACCUCGUCGUCGGACUCGCCACCGGCCAGGUUUGAAUGGAACUUUACUAUAUGAGAACUUGAGAGAUGAAGAUAACGUAAUUAAGGGAAAUUGAAAAAGUUUCUAAUGUUGAAAUCUCAAGUUUUUUGGACCCCCCUUCCUUGAAAAUUACGCUUCAAUGAGGCCUAGCUCAAAAACUUGGGUAUUCUCAAAACAUGUGAGUUCUGGGUCCUCUGUAGAGCAAACGGACGCGCCCCGGUUAUUGCUGAUAUACUCUAGGGAUCACUUAAGGGAGCUGAAGCCGCUAGAGUGGCCACUAGAAACGCUCAGAAACGUCGUCUUUGCGUUACCGAGAACUCUCAAAAAUCCUCAUUUUUCCGUCUGCGAAUGAUCAUAAAAGGGGUAGAAACAUGAUCUUUUCUCUCUUUUUUUUGAUUUUCAUUUCUUUUUUAUUUCAAUAAGUUUUUCAAAAAAUUGAAAAAAACAAAUUUCACAGCGUGUUUCUAUUGUUUCCCCCAUCAAUGUAUGUCCAAAAACUCUUCAUCUGAAUCGCCCAUUUUGACGAUUCGGCUUCAGAUCAAAACUGGCGCCCCGUGCCGCUCGGAACGUCUUGCCAAGUACAACCAGCUCCUGAGAAUCGAGGAAGAACUCGGCGCCGAGGCCGUCUAUGCGGGAACCAACUUCAGAAACCCGAAACUCUAA